CUCUCCGGUCAACCACUGCUCUGUUGUUCCUUGCUGUAGUUCCUCGCUGCCGCAAGCCCCGCCGUUUCCACAACCCAUCCACCCAGAUCAACGACAAUGGCCGAUACGAACGCGCCCAAGCCGAGCAGCAGCGUCAAGUUGGUGCUUCUGGGUGAAGCUGCCGUCGGAAAGUCGUCGCUUGUCCUCCGAUUCGUCAACAAUGACUUCCAAGAGAACAAGGAGCCCACGAUAGGAGCCGCCUUCCUAACCCAGAAGUGCAACCUGCCUACGAGGACGAUCAAGUUUGAGAUUUGGGAUACAGCAGGCCAGGAGCGCUUCGCCUCUCUGGCGCCCAUGUACUACCGCAACGCCCAAGCCGCCCUUGUUGUCUACGACCUGACAAAACCUACUUCGCUCAUCAAGGCCAAGCACUGGGUCGCCGAGCUCCAGCGACAAGCGUCUCCCGGCAUCGUUAUUGCGCUCGUGGGUAACAAGUUGGAUCUGACCAGCGACUCGGCCGGCUCUGCCGAGGUUUCCGGAGACGGCGACGACACUGCGGAGGAUUCGGGCGACGCUCGCAAGAUCUCGACCGAGGAGGCAAAGACAUACGCCGAGGAGGAAGGUCUCUUGUUCUUCGAGACUUCUGCCAAGACCGGACACAACGUUACCGAGGUUUUCACAGCCAUUGCGAACGCCAUUCCCGAGACGUCGUUGAAGAGCGCGCGUGGGCCCGGUGCCUCGCAUGCCGGCGUCAGCCGCACAGAAGAGCAGAGGGUCAACCUUAACGGGCCGCGGGAUGCCAACGCAAAGGAAGGUUGCGCCUGCUAAGGGAUGAUGGAUGGAUGGAGGGGGGAAUGGAGAAGAUAUUGGACGGACGAUGCGGAUAUUCCACCAACAGUGGCCGUGGAAGGGGACACUGAUGAGUAUGAGGGCGCCCAUCUUCCGGUUGACGAAC